AUGUAAAUAUUAGCAUGGAUUAUUGGAGCAUUCAUAAUAUUGAUAGCUAUUUUAGUUGGCUAUAGACUAAUAUAUUUAAUAAAAAGAGAUAUAUAAAAAUAAGAAUAUUAAUAAAAUAACAAAACUCAUCCGUAUUACUAAAAUUUCUAAUCGCAUACAACUUCAAUAGAUGAUAGCAUUUUAAAACCAUAAUCUAAUAAUAAAUUAGAACAACAAUUAAAUUCUUAAUACCCAUCAAAUAAUUUCUAAUAGAACAAUUCAGUCAAUUCUGAAUAUUAUAACAUACCUGAGGAAGAUCAUUAAAUUGAAAACAAUAAUAUUCAAAUAUAAAUAUAUCACUGUAAUACUCAAAAAAGUUAUGGAACAUUUAGAGAUGCUGACAGAAAAGAUAAAAAAGAAAUAGAUUAUUUGAGUUCUAGGUUUUAAAGUAGGACUAAAAGUUAAAAAAUUUUAAAGUUUUCUAAUCAUGAUAAGGUAUAAAACAGCAUGAUAUUUUCAAAGUCAAAUAAUUAUGUUCAAUGUUAAAAGGAGAUGGAGCCUUUAGUUUCAAAUAGAAGUCAAAAUCAAAAACUUAUAAGCAAUAAUAGUUAAAAUAAUUCUAAUGAAAAUAAGAAUGAUCACACUAUUAUUAAUAUUUAGAAUCAAGAUAACAAUUAAGAUAAUGAUAAUUAAUAAUGUGAAAAUUAGUAGGAAGAUCAAAAUAAGAAUGAUCACGUUAUUAUUAAUAUUUUUUAAGAUAAAAACUAAGAUAAUGAUAAUUAAAAAUAUGAAAAUUAAUAGGAUAAAGAUGAAAAAAAGAAUGGACAUUCCAUUAUCAAUAUUUUUCAAGAUAACUAUUAAGAUGAUUAAUAUGAAAAUAAGUAAGAUAAAAAUGAUAAAAUUGGGUUAGCAGAUUAACGAGAAAGUUAUAAAUCUAAGUUUGAAUUUGAAACAAGUAAUUUAUAAGAUCUAGAAUAAAAAUUUGAUAAAAAUAAUUAAGAUUUAUUGAAUGAAUAACCAUCAAAUAAUUAGAAUAAUGAAUUGAAUAUAUCAUUCAAUUAAUUUAUUUAAAAUUAAAAUUUUCAAAUAUCAAAUGAAAUUGAAAUUGAAAAAAUAGAAAAGAAUAAUGAAGAAAUAGAUAAUUAAAGUCAAUUAUAGUCAUAAUUAUUUGAUUUGCCAUCUACUGAUAAUAGGGAUUAGUAGAAUUAUAAAUAUAUAAGAGUAAAUAAGAAUAAAAUUAUGUAUGUUAAUGAUAAAGAUAAUCAUUAUACUGGUGUUGCAUUCGUUUAUAAAGUAUAAUAUGAUACGGAUAAUAAUCCAAAGUUUGAAAUUUAUGAAGGAUCAUUUAAUAAAGGAAAGAAAUCAGGAAAAGGAAUAUUAUAUGGAGGAAAAUCUAAGUAUAUUAAUUAUGAAGGAGAAUGGAAAGAUGACUAAUAAAAAAUAGAUUAAAAUGAAUAAUAAAAUGAAGUUAAAAUAGACAUAUAAUAAACAGAAGUUCCAAAGAAAAAAAAAAUAAUAAUUUAUGAAGAUGGUGAAUUAGUUUAAAAUGAUAAAAAUAAAAAUUAAAAUUUAACAACAUUUGUUUCAUAACCUUUUUGGAUUAAGUAUAAUUAAUAGUAUUCAAUUAAAGAUAUGGAUAUUUUAAGAAGUGAGACAAGUUGGUUUACAAGCUCAAUAAUAGAUGGAUUAGUAUAAUACUUAAAUAUUUAGUAAGAAAAUUAUUUAAAAAACUUUUUUAAGAAAGAUACAAAAAGGUAUUUGUUUUGUCCUAGUUAUCUUUAUGCUAGUAUGUCAAAGGAUAAGAUAGAAAAUAAUUUAAUUACAUACUAAAAUUAUAUAUUAGAAUAUCAACCAAUAAAUUUCAAUUUGAAAACCUUAUUUUCAAGAAUUUAUUUUGCUAUUAAUAAAAAUAAUACCCACUUCUUCUUAAUAUAUGUAGAUUUACCCUCAAAAUCUUUGAAUAUUGUAGAUUCUAUAAGCAAAGUAGAAAAUUUUUAUUAAACUGAAAUUGAAAUCUUUUAAAACAUAUUUUAAUAAUAAAUCACUUCUAUAGAAUUAAAAUCAUGUAUCUAAUAAAGAAAUGGUUAUGAUUGUGGACCAUAUACUUGUCUUAAUAUGUAUAAAGAUUUUUAUGAUUUGAUUCAAAAUGUUUGUCCUUAAAAAUAGGAAAUAUAAAUUAAUAAUCCAUAAUAAAUGAGAAAAUUUUUAUUUGAUAUUUUACACAAUCAAGAUAAUAAAUGA